AUGGAUGAGGUAUCCUCAUCUAAGGAAAACUCCACCUCCGAUGAACCCAGUCCAACGACCGCCUCUCCUUCCGCCACACAGUCCCUACCUCAUCUCACGCCCUCCGGCGCAGCGCACAUGGUUUCCGUAUCCUCGAAACCCCACACCAUCCGUACCUCGAUCGCCGUCGGCACAGUGCUCUUCUCGAACGCCACUCCAAUAUCCCUAAUUCGCUCAAAUUCCCUAAAGAAAGGCGACGUGCUCUCCGUCUCUCGCAUCGCAGGCAUCAUGGCAGCAAAGAAGUGCCCGGAUCUAAUACCCUUAUGCCACCCGAUAAUGCUCACGCACGUGGGCGUCGAACUCUCAAUAUUUGAUACUGAAACCGGCCACGGAGGGAUACAGAUCGAAGCGAAAGUACAAUGCGAAGGCCAAACCGGCGUGGAGAUGGAGGCCCUGACCGCCGUUAUGGGCACAGGUCUCAGCGUGGUGGAUAUGUGCAAGGCGGUUGAUAAGGGGAUGAGAGUUCAGGACGUGAGAGUGGUGCUGAAGGAGGGUGGGAGGAGUGGGGUUUGGAAGGAGGAGGGGUGGGUGAGCGUUGUUGAGCGAGAGUAA